CAUUUCUCCAGACAAGAUGUGACUGUAGUUUAGUGGUAAGAAUUCCACGUUGUGGCCGUGGAGACUAGGGCUCGAAUUCCAGCAACGUCACAAACCUUUUAGUUUAUGAGCGUUAUAACUUCGAACAGGAACAACGGCGUUUGAAAUAUUGCCUUAAAGUCCAGGUCAACGCACCCUUGCUUUUUUUAAGAGUUGAGGCUACGCUUAACGCUCCCUGCGUGUUCCCGACCCAACAAACAACUUCGUUCCUCGACUAACAAGAAAGUAAGAGAUAUGAUUGAUGAUGAAGCCUUGGGAGUCAUUGCCAACAUUCUUGGCAUCUUCAUUUUUGCUUUGGUUAUAGCUUAUCACCUGGUCACUGCGGACCCCAAAUAUAAAGUCAUCUAAGAUAUUUGAAUUUAAUUUCUGAUGUAUUCAAAACAAAAAUUUUCAUGGAUUCAAUUUUGUUGAUUGAUCUGUAAGGUCAGUUUCUUUCUAUGUAUGACUUAAUAUUGAUGAAACCACAAUUUGAUUGAGGCU